GAAUAAUUGUGAUAUUGUUUGGAUUGUUACGUCGUAUUUCUGCUGAUUAAAAAUUUCAUUCAUGGUCAAAUUUAGGAAAAGCGUUUACUGUUUGCGGCAUUUUGAAAAAAACCCAGCUGUCUAGCUGGUCUUGUGUCCUCACAGUUUUAAGACCGACGGAAGUUCACUAACAAAUUUUCGACUUCUAAAAGCGUUUCUUUGCUUCUAAAUUUUAAUUAUUCACCUACAAUACAUCCCCACAAGUGUAACCUAUCGACAGAGCAGUUUGAAUAGUAAAAAUGUUUCUGAAUACUUUGUCACCUAAAUUUUAUGUGGCUCUAACAGGAACAAGCUCCUUAAUAUCGGGGCUUAUUUUGAUUUUUGAGUGGUGGUACUUUAAAAAGUAUGGAAAGUCGUUUAUUGAGCAAAUUUCUUGGACCCAUAUAUAUCCACUCAUUGGUGGAAGUGAUGAAGAUAAUGAAUGUGAUAGUGUGGAAUCUAAUGGUCACCUAGCGUCUACGCAAGAGUGUAAGGUGUGGAGAAAUCCUUAUAGUUUGUUUAGGGGGGCGGAGUAUCGAAAGUUUUUCCUCGAAACAGGUCGUGACCCCCUGACGUAUUAUGAUAUGAACUUGUCUGCUCAAGAUCAUCAGACAUUUUUCACAUGUGAAGCAGAUGGCGGAAAGCCUGAGUAUGAAAUUAUGCAACUUUCGUGGAGAGAGAGAAAUCACGAAGAAAGAAUCAAGAAGACCAAGGAGGCCUUGGCUAAGAACCCUGAAUGUGCAACUGCAAUGAUCUUGCUUGCAGAGGAGGAGUGCUCCUACAUCGUAGAUGUAGAAAAAGUAUACAAACAAGCAUAUAAAGUUGCUGAGACAAAUCUUCGUCGUUCUCAACAGCUUCAAAACCACAGUCCAGCACAUGAAUCAAUGUAUCGGAGAGAUAUACAUGCAUUUGUUUUCAUUCGACGUCGACUUGCAAUGUGUGCAAGAAAAUUGGGUAAAUUGAAAGAAGCAAUAAAAAUGAUGAAAGAUCUUAUAAAGGAAUAUCCAAAUUUAAAUCUUUUCAAUAUCCAUGAAAAUCUUAUUGAAUGCUACCUAGCUGCCCAGCAAUAUGCUGAUGCUCAGGCUUUCCUAGCUAAAUACGAUGAUAUCAACUAUCCGAAAUCAGCUACUAUAUGUUACACUGCAGCUUUACUUAAAGCGAGACAAGUAUCUGAAAAAUUUUCUCCGGACUUAGCGUCACGUAGGGGUUUGAAUGCAGCUGAACUGAGUGCUGUUGAAGCUAUUCAUCGGGCUGUUGAAUUUAAUCCACAUGUACCAAAAUACCUUCUUGAAAUGAAACCUCUAAUAUUGCCUACAGAGCACAUUUUAAAACGUGGCGAUUCUGAAGCCAUAGCAUAUGCAUUUUUUCAUUUAGCUCAUUGGAAAGCUGUAGAAGGUGCAAUUAAUUUAUUAUAUUGUACAUGGGAGGGAACUUUUCGACUCAUUCCAUAUCCUCUAGAAAAAGGAAACCUCUUUUAUCCUUAUCCCCAUUCAACUACAGCGACCGAUCGAGAACUUUUACCAAGUUUUCAUACAUUAUCUGUGUAUCCGAAAAAAGAUGUGCCAUUUUUUAUUCUAUUUAUUGCGGCUUUAUGCUCUUUAACAGCUAUACUUACAUGUUUAACUCAUGUCUAUCCUGAACAAAUGGGAUCACUUUCUAGUAAGACUCUCAACUGGUUUUUCAGUCCAAUCAAUUAUCUAUUGGAAAGACUAGAAGGAUUGCUACUUUUGCUAGCUCCAACGUCUGCUCGAAAGCUUUUAACUUAACCAACUUAAUAUUAAUUCACAUUCAAAAGCAUUUUUGUCCUCCAGAUGAUAAUUGUUUCAGUCUUAAUGUCAUUAUGUUGCUUUUUCGUUGUUUAUUUCUAUUGCAAUACCGUUGUUUUGUUCGGUACUUACUUUUCUGAUAUUUCACUAAUAUCAUAAUUAGCUUUAAACAAUUUUUAUUUGUGUUUUGUCCCCAAAAAUGUAGUCCGCAAUUUACUAUGAAAAAAAUAACUUGCAUUUUUUAAAAUCAGAUUUGUAUUUAGUUAUUUGUCUACGAAACAAAGAGUGGUUACGUUUUACUAUCGAAAUGUUUAUUAGUUUGAUUCCAUUCUUCUUCAGUGAAUCCAAGCAAGGAGAUUUCAUCAGGAUCCAUUAAAUUGUUCUCUGCUCGACAACGCAAAUAACCGGCCGCUUCAGAUCUACAUAAAGAAUUAUUCCAAUGAUUCUUUUUCAUACAUUGAGUCCAUUCCAACAUAGCAACUUUACAUACACCAUGAUGAUCUAAAGGAAAGCUUCCUCUUAAUGGAGGAAGAACUUGAGAUCUAUUUGGAAUGUAACCUGUGGAACUGGCCGACACUGUAAGAAAUAUCCCCAUCCC